AUGAACACUAUCUUCAACAAAUUUCUUUGCAAAUUUAUGCUUAUCUUCUUCGACGACAUCUUAAUUUACAACCGCAAUUGGGAAACACACCUGGAACAUUUAACUCAAGUCUUAGCCAUUUUGACAGAGCACAAAUUAUUUGCUAAGUAUUCAAAGUGUGAAUUUGGUGUGAAUAACAUAGCUUACUUGGGACACCUUAUAUCUGCUAACGGGGUUGCUGCCGACCCAGAAAAAUUGAAAGCCAUUCAAGAGUGGCCCUCACCAACUUCCAUUACUCAUCUCCGUGGAUUCUUGGGGCUCACGGGAUUUUACCGUCGCUUUGUCCGCCAUUACGCUGCCAUUGCUGCACCCUUGACAGAGCUACUGAAAAAGAAUGCCUUCACUUGGUCAGAGCAAUCCCAAUAA